AUGGACACCCAUGCGUCUUCUAGUGGCGAUGUUGGACGUAAUCUCGACGACAACCCGGACAAUUUCCAAGUUGUUCCCUCUACACCAAGCAGCGAGAUAACCGAGGACCCCAUAUUAGCAGCAGCUACCGAAGCAGCUCUUCAGCAUCGACGUGAAGUGGAGGAGGAGGAUGAACAAGAACCUGAACCCUUCGAGUGGCCACCUGCAGUAUUGGUAGUAGCCAGAGCUGUCAAGAAGAUGGUGACACCCAUCCUACGCGUGUUGUUUGCACCCAAGGCUCAACGCACUUUGAUCAAAAGCACAGCAAUGGUGAUCGUCUUUUUGAUGAUCUUGACAACGAGUAUCGGCGCCUACUUGACAUUCUAUCGACAAUACGUUCCUCAAACAGCCCAUAUUGAACCCAUCUUUUUCCAAUAUGAUCAACAAGUGGAAGGGCCUACAGAUCGAAUUGAUUUGACUCGAGGCCAACCUUAUACCCCUUUGCGACAUGAACAAACGUAUGAUGUCUCAGUACAACUCCAUGUGCCCACCUCAGAUAUCAACUUCGACCUUGGUAAUUUCAUGAUCAGGAUAUGGCUUCAAACAUCAAAUGGCAGCAGCAUUCUUCAUUCGAGUCGACCGGGUAUUUUGCGAUAUCAAUCCAAGACUCAACGCAUCAUGCGUGUGCUUGCCAAGGCGCUGCCACUUUUGGUUGGAUUAAGUGAGGAGAGCCAAACUAUCACUGUGCCAUUGAUUGAAGGUUUCAUGGAGAAUAAGGCACAUCCCGUGACCCACGCUAUUGUUUCAGUUUCCACCCACCAGCUACAAGUUUAUGAUGCCGAUUUGCGAGUGAUUGCUGAUUUCCAUGGAUUAAGAUACUACAUGUACCAUCGUCGCCUUGUCACUGCGAUUGGAUUUGUUAUUCUCUUCACAGUCAUUGAAAUUAUCUGUGCUGCUGUUGCCUGGAAAUUCUUUGGUCAAAACUUGUGGAACAAGGUGCAUGAAGCGCUUGAACAAAUGGACUUUGAGGAUGGUGGUCAGCUUCAUCCGGAUGAUGUCGACGAUAUCAAUCAUCAUCAACAACCCCCAAACGACGAUGAUGACAAUGAUGAGCAUUCAAAGAAAAAGGGUUCUAUUCUUGACGAUGAGUAUCCUGCUACUGAAGCCCCAGUAACAUCCGCAUCAACACACGAUCAUUAA